UCCUCAAUCCUUCCCGGCCGAACCGUUAGAAGAAGAGACGCCGGAUUGGUUUGAAAGUUUUAUCACAAAACACGAGCUACAGGAUGAAGAUAUGCCGGAUGCGAACUGCGGAAGUCUACUGCUAGACCAACACGAGCCACUGGACGAAGAAAUGCCGGAAGCUACGAGUAACGAUUCCGGUGUUCUGAACAUCGGAAGAUUCUUAGGCAAUUCCAACAACGAGACGCCGUCCCAUUCAGCUGAUUUUGUUAUUUCAUCCGUCGGCGUUGAUGGUGUACCCCAACUUGACCAGGUGAAUGGGUUAGGCAAUGCAGUGUCCACCGGAAUCGCCUCGCCAACCUCGAGCACGCAAGAGACCGCGAGAAUCUUGACUCCGUCGUGGUUCUCAAAUCCGGCCUUAGUGAAUGACGCGGUAUCCAGCGAUGGCAAUUGCGCGGCCCGGCCGACUUCGAGCACGCAAGAGACCGUGAUAAUCUUAACUCCGUCGUGGUCCUCAAAUCCGGCCGUCAUGAAUGACGCUGUUUCCAGCGAUGGCGAUUGCGCUUACCACGAUUUCAGCAACUCGGUAUUGACAACCCGGCCGACCUCGAGAAUGUUGACUCCGUCGUGGCCCUCAAAUCUGUCCCUCAUGGAUGAACCGGUGUCCAGCGAUGGCAAUUGCGCGACCCGGUAAGG